CUGCUUUGAAAAAAAAAGUCCCACGGUCCUGUUUUAUCCAUCUUUCUCUUUCUUGCUUUCCUCUAAACCGUUCAAUACAAUGACCUCUACCUCAAGCCUGACCGUGGAUCCACCAUGCCUCUGGAAGCCGUCUCAUCCUGAGGAUACAGAGAUGGCAAAGUUCCGUCGCCAUGUCAACACCAAGUUCAACUUGCAGCUGCAAAACUACCAAGAGUUAUGGCAAUGGUCCGUAGACAAUGCACCUGCUUUCUGGUCAACCGUAUGGGAUUACACCAAUGUAAUUGCCUCUGUCAAGUCAACCGACGCUGAUAUCUUGGAUCAAUCCUUGCCGAUGGAUGCCGUCCCGGAAUGGUUCAAGGGUGCGCGUUUAAAUUUCGCUGAGAACCUGUUGUGGUGCAAGAGCUCUGAAAAAAUCGCUAUCAUUAGCACUGGUGAAGGCCAAAGUCGCCGCUCAAUCACUUAUGCCGAACUGUACGACCAAGUUUUGCAAUGCGCCAUGGCCCUGAAAGCACAUGGCGUCCAAAAGGAUGAUCGAGUAGCAGCCUACAUUCCCAACUGUCCCGAAGCCAUUAUUGCCAUGCUCGCCACAAUAAGCUUGGGCGCGAUCUGGAGUUCCACUUCACCGGAUUUCGGUGCCACUGGUGUCCUUGAUCGAUUCAGCCAAAUCAGUCCCAAGGUCCUCAUUUCGGUCAAUGGCGUUGUUUACAAUGGCAAAAGGUUGGACCAUAUCCCCAAGGUCAAACCUGUGGUGCAAGGCUUGCCUUCGCUCGAAAAGGUCGUGAUUAUUCCAUUUGUCGAUAACGGCCGCGACGUCAAGGCUACUAUCCAACAAGAAUUCGGCGAUAAGUCCACUACAUGGAAAGAAUUUUUGGACACCGAGAAACACUUGCCGCAGGAGAUUCCCUUUGAACAGUUGCCGUUCAACCAUCCAGGAUUUAUCAUGUUCAGUUCGGGCACCACUGGUUUACCUAAAUGCAUUGUGCAUUCGGGCGCAGGCUUGUUGCUGCAGCUGAAGAAGGAACACAUUAUCCAUGGCGACAUGCAUCCCGACGACGUCUUUUUCUAUUAUACCACGACCGGCUGGAUGAUGUGGAAUUGGCUGGUAGCUGGAUUGAGUGUUGGAUGCACGCUCGUGUUGUGGGAUGGUAGCCCGUUUAAGCCAGCGCCCAUUUCCCUAUGGGAGUUGGUGGAUGAAUUGGGCAUUACACAUUUUGGUACCUCGGCAAAAUACAUCCAGUCUUUGCAAGAAGCCAGUGUGCAUCCCAUGGAUGAAUGCAAACUGGAUACACUCAAGGCCAUUUACUCGACUGGCUCACCCUUAAAACCCGAGAGUUAUGAAUUUGUUUACAAUCACAUUAAGAAGGAUGUUGGAUUGGGCAGCAUCACGGGCGGCACAGACAUCUGCUCGUUAUUUGCGGGAUACAAUGCCAGCUUGCCAGUCUACCGUGGGGAAAUCCAGUGCAUCAAUCUGGGAAUGAAAAUCGAAGCUUGGGCGGAUAGCAACACGCCUGUGCAAGCCCAAGCUGGCGAUCUGGUCUGCACGGUUCCAUUCCCCUGUAUGCCUGUCUACAUGUAUGGUGAUGAUGACACCACCAGAGCCAAGUACAAGAAUGCUUAUUUCAGCAUGUAUGAUGGUAUCUGGUAUCAUGGCGAUUAUGUCUGGUUGAACCCCAAAACUGGCGGUGUAAUCAUGCUGGGUCGAUCCGAUGGCACUUUGAACCCAAAUGGCGUCCGUUUUGGUAGUGCCGAAAUUUACAAUGUUGUGGACCGCUUCCCUGAAAUCGAGGAUGCCUUGUGCGUCGGUCAGAAGAUCGUCAAUGAAGAUGAUGAGCGUGUGGUCUUGUUUCUUAAAUUAAAAGGAAGCGUAGAAUUAUCGGAUGAGCUUGUCAAAAAGAUUAAGACGACAAUCCGGGCUCAGCUGAGCCCGCGACAUGUGCCUGCGUUCGUGCUUGCUAUCCAAGAUAUCCCGUAUACUAUCAAUGGCAAAAAGGUCGAAGUAGCGGUCAAGAAAAUCAUCUCUGGUCAAAAGGUGACACCCACGGGAACACUGUCCAACCCCGAUAGCCUUGCCUUGUACUAUAACAUUCCUGCCCUUGCACAGUAAACUUACUAUUUGUCGUUGCAAAAAAUCCGUUGGAUCGUACGUCGCUGUAUGCAAAAUAGAAGGAAAUAUAAGGAAAGAAAAAAAUGCUUAGAUUUUAUAUGGUGAUGGUGCAGCAAACCCUUUGGCACAGCACCAUCCAAAAAAAUUUGUGCCUAAUACAUGCAGCUAAAAUUUGUUUCUUAAUCCGUUCAACACAAGAAUAAUUCACCAUAACAGGUGAAUCCAUCUGCAGGAAAGCUGCGUAAGUUUGCUCAAGAAUUAGAAUUAAAAAUUAUCCUACUGAAAUACCACUCAAAGUGUGGUUCUUCAUUGAAUUGCAAA